AUGGUAUCGGCGUCACCAGCGGGUCUAUCCACCAAGGUGGGCGACGGUGGUGGGAACCUGUCUUCAGGACAGCGGCAGCUGGUUUGCUUGGCCCGGGCUGCGCUCGCCAACUGCUCCGUACUUGUACUGGACGAAGCCACCGCUAACGUCGAUACAGAAACCGACAAGCACAUUCAGGCGACGAUCAGAAAUAAGUUCGCGCACGCGUCGGUGCUCACGAUCGCCCACCGGCUCAACACCGUCAUGGACUACGACAGAAUUAUCGUUAUGGACAAGGGACGUGUAGUCGAAUCCGGACACCCAUACGUACUUUUGACGCAAACGAACGUGCAAACAAAUAUAGACGUCCCCCCUGCGGAGGCGCAGGAGCAACCUAAUCAUACUGAGAAGAUAUCUGGAGAUGAACUUAUAUCCGAUUAUCUGUCUGAUCAAGAUGAGGGUGAAAGCACCUUGAUCUCUUCUUGGAAUGAAAUUUUACAAUUUUCGGAAAGAUCACAGAUAGAAAAUAAAACAGACGAGAUGGCUUUAGAAGCAGAGCCCUUACUAAAGGCUGAUAACACAAAGGCACCGGUUUCUCAAAGGAUACGGAUGGAGUCAAACAGGUCACAGGGUAGCGAGUUAGAAGGGGGUAUAUUCAAGAUGCUGGUGGAACAAACUGGCCGGGAGACUUCGGCUCUACUACUCAAGUUGGCAGAGGAGAGUUAUGUCAAAAUGAUGGAGAGAAAAAAAAGGGGGAUGAAUUUACAGAAGACAGACUAG